UUCCGCCGGGUCACACAUCGCGACAACUCGUCAGAAGAAGUCGCCGGAGAGCAGCAGACUUAUGGCGGCCGUCGUCCACCACCGUCAACUCCACUAGAAACUGUUUUUAUGUCCCUGCAGACCCGGUGGAGUGGUGCUAUGUCUUCGGGAAUGACUGGACAAACACCGUGCCUAAGCAGAUGGGAUCAGACGACAGUACCUAAACCGAGUGUGGACGUGAGGCAGCAGAGAAGCAGUGAAAAUGCAGCCCACCCAGUCUCAUUAUCUGGAGGCGUCAGCACCGCUGGUUCAGCUACGACACUUUCCCAACAAACAGGAGAAAACCCAGCGCCUCAGGGAGGGGUUGAGAUGGCUGCAGCCAUGGCUGCUAAAAUAAAUGCCAUGUUAAUGGCAAAAGGAAAGCUGCUGACUCCUCCUCCAUUACUUGCAAAGAUCACUCCAAAAGUGCCCGUGUCAACCACCACAGAAGAGAUGGUAGUCACAGAAGUCGACAUAAAUGAUGUACCGAUAAAUUGUCGGGACCUUCUUACUAAAGGCAAAACACAAGAGGAGAUCCGGAAGUGUAGCGGAGCAGUCGUCUCAACAAAAGGUCAUUUCAUGAGCGAUACUGAAAAGGGGCAUGGAAUAGGACAAAGACCUUUGUAUUUGCAUGUCCAGGGAAAGACCCAAGAUAACGUUAAUAAGGCUGUGAUAAAGAUAAAGGAGAUCAUUUCUGAGGACCUGUUGAGAGCAUCAGGAGGACGAACGGUGCCGGUAAUGCCUGCACUCACACUCUACCCUCAGCCCCCUCGGCCUGUCAGCUCCUCUUCUGCACCACGGAUGCCAAACGCCAACUCAGUGCCAGGCCAGGGACAUCGGCCUUCAGCUCCUUAUUCAGGGAGUUUUGUGCAUACAAAGAUCUUUGUGGGUCUGGACCAGACGUUGCCUUCAUUUAAUGUGAAUGAAAACGUUGAAGGUCCGGGAGGUUCGUACCUGAGUCACAUCCAGACAGAGACGGGGGCUCGAGUCUUCCUUAGGGGGAAAGGAUCUGGCUACAUUGAACAAGCAUCAAAACGAGAGUCUUUUGAGCCUCUUUAUGUUUACAUCAGUCACCCAAACGCAACUGGAUUGGAGAGAGCCAAGAAACUCACUGAGAGUCUGCUGGAAACUGUGAGGGACGAACAUACCCGAAUGGUGUCGGUGUACACGGCCACAGGCUCAACACAACCAUACCCAGCACAUGGAUAUCCACCUAAUAGCAAUUACUCUAGCCAGGGGUCCUGGUAUAACUACCCAGCAAAUGGGUAUGCUGGUGGCUAUUCAGCGUAUCCAGGAGACCGUGGUUAUUGGAGUAAUGCAAAUGGUCCACCAAGUCAUUCUAACAUGUCGACAAACCCUCCAUCUUCUCAGGCAAUGGUUCAGUAUCCGGUGUGUCCUAGGAAACCACAUCCCUAUCUCGUCCAGGAUCCUGGCAGCAGUGAGACAGUGGAGCCUGAAGAACCUUUAAAGACCCCUCCUGACUCGGAAAGCCCCAAACGUCAAUUCCAUGAGGCAGCUGAGGAGGAGAAGCCAACCAGCCGCUCUCUAGAGGGUCCUGCUCAUCAGGAGCCUGCACUUCCUGCCUCCAGUGUUCGAGAGGAAAAAGCUGUAGAAAGAAUUCUGAUGCCGCCGCCACCACCGCUCUUCGUAGCUCCUGCGCCCGUUGCACGCAAAAGGCCGAGAGACACAGACGAUCAAGCCAUUCUGCCCAGCAACACCGCGCCGAUGGGUGUUCAAGAGGAUGUGUGCGAGAAGAAGUCUAAAGUGGACAAAGAUGCAUCUGGGCUUGUGCCCUAUGGAGGAGACUCCUCUGACGAAGAGGAGGAGAGGACACACAGCAGUAAGACCGAUAACUCCUAACCCCCGCCCCAUCCCCACUGUCCAGGAUACUCUCAGACAAACUCUACAGUCAGUAUGCCUCCGCAGUUCUCAGACCCCAUUAAAGGAAAAAUCCACCUUUGUGUUAUCAUGCACUGUUUUAAGACUACACCAGUGUUUUUUCCUGAUUUACUGACUUUACAAAGAAUUGUGGUUUUGCUUUUUUUCUCUCAGUAAAAUGACUUAUUUGCUUCCAUCCAAGCAGAUUACAGUUGUUCAUUCUUCUCUCUGGUGCGUUAAACCCCACUUGUUUGAAAUAUCUGGUGUGACUUUGUCCACAGACAUCAAUGUUGGGCCCAAUGACAACACUUCGUGAGGUCUAAGCUGUUUAAUAUGGCAUUGAUCAGGAUUGGGCAAUCGUCAUUGGCAAUUGCUGAGAUGAUUCAUCACUGAUGCACGACACAAUCACCAAAAUAAUAAUCAAAACGUAGCUUUUUGUUAUGUUUAGGUGGUGAUGUCAAUAAGUUACUCUACCUCACUUGGUGUCGUAGGUGCGUUUUCUCGCAAAUUUCCUUUCACUUAUGGAAAAUCCACUUCUACCGUUUCAAAUGUUAACCGAUGAAUUUUUGGGCUUCAGCUGAAAAUGUGAGCCUGCUGAUAAUGGACCCGACUUGCAAAGAAACACUGACUACAAUCAAACGCAUGGAGAAGUGAACACAAACAUUGUUUUCAAAUAAAGGAACAGAGUGACUGACCCUGAUUAAUGGUGAUUGCAGAUUGAUGAAAACAGAUGAGCAUGUACUGUUCCAGUUUUAAAUUACUUAUAAGCAGUUUGAAUAUACUUUAAAAAAACCCUGAUAUGUUUUGUCUUUGAAUUGGCACCAGCUUCUGAUGUUUGCUGCUUUCCUGGACACUUAAGGUUUUUACUUUUCUUGUCCUGUUUUUCCUUUGUGCACAUUUUGUUAAAAAAUUUUUUUUCUCCUAGCUUCUCAGAAUGCCUUUGAUCCUUCACACAUUUGGUGUGAACCUGUUUUUAAAUAUCCACCUAUUUAGCAAAUGUAAAUAUAGAUGCCCUGCAAAGUACAACGCUGUUGUUUGUGCAUUUUGUUCGUGGCCACAUGACAUAAAAUGCCACACAUUAAAAACACUGUGGCUUAAUGUCGUGUAGGACAUUGAUGAUGUGGUUUUAGAGAAUAUAAAUCCCCUGUGUUCCUGUCUUGAAGUUUUCUCCACAUCCGUUAAACAAAUGGGUCCAGAGAAGCACAUCAUCAGAAGCCAACAGUGUGGAAGUAUUCAUGGUGGAUUUUUCCUUUUUUAAAUAUUAAAACUUUUUCUUUCUCUUUAAAACCUUCAUUUUUUUUUUUUAAUUUUCCAAUGCCUCUUUGUUAAUCAAACAAGCUCCUUAUUUCCUCCUUUUGGACACGUGGUCUGCUGCAGAGUAACUGAUGAUAUAAGAACAUAUUGUAAAAUUCAGUGAAACUUUUUCUUAUCUUGGAAAAUGGUGUUUGCCUGUUCCCAUGGAAUAUUAUAAUAAAAACAACUGAAAACCCCUUA